AUGCUUGAGGAAACGGUAGGCGCCAGGGCCGAAGGGAAGUCCCUUCAAUCAGUUCAUGACCGUGAUUUAUUAGGCACAAACAUUGCCCCCACAUCCCUGGAUUCUUCGGUCGCGGCCUGGGCAGAGGUCGAAAGGAUUCCAAGGGAUGAACCCUUUGCAUUCCCCCUGAAGUGA